AUGGGCGACGGGAUGGCUCCUCAGGUGGAUGGGGUGGACGGAAGGUUAAGAAAUCUCAAGCUCACAGACGCAGAAAAGAAAAGCAUCAAGAUAGGGAAGAAACAGUCUUGCUCCCCGGAGGUGAGUAAGCUUCAGGCUGUGGGUAAGCUCUUGUCUGAAAAACCAGCAAAAGCAGAGUAUUUAGGAAGAGCGUUAAGUGGUGCUUGGUGCCCUUUCUCUAGGGUGGAAUGCAAGGGUCUGGGUAGAAAUCGCUUCCUGUUUCAGUUUCAUGAUGAUGUGAGCAAGAACAAAGCAAUAAGAGGUGGACCCUGGAUGUUUAACAAAGAUUUACUGGUGAUGGAAGAUUUUGUGCCAAGCAAAACUAUAGAUGACUAUGAAUUUAAGUCGAUUCCUAUAUGGGUGAGAGCAUAUGGCAUACCAAUGGGAAUGAUGAGCACAGAAACAGGGGAACUAGUGGGUGAUCAAAUUGGUGAAUUUUUGGAUGUUGAUUUGGACGAUAAUGGAAGUGCAGUGGGAGUAUUUAUGCGAAUCAAAGUGAAGAUGGACAUAACAGUCCCUAUUAUGAGGUUUAUAACCAUAGAAAUAGAAGAAGAACAAGAAGAGGAGCAGGGGCAAGUUUUUGAGGAAAUGAUGGGAGUUGAAGAUAUAGAGAAUAAGAAGAAGAAAAUUGUCUCAUUUGAGUAUGAGCAUCUCCCAGAUUUUUGCUACAAUUGUGGUAUUAUUGGUCAUACAGAAAGGGCUUGCCCGUCUAGGACUAAAAGAGAAGGUGACAGACAGUUUGGUCCUUGGCUGCGCGCAAGCAUGUACAACGGAAGUUCCAGUGAUGAACGGAGUAGGAGCUCAAGUGAUCGUGGAGACUUUUGGGCUACACAUAGUGCAGGUAGCAAGGGGAGUAAACAUGGGAGUGACGGUCCAUCCUGGAGGAAGAGCCUACCGGCAGGAACGAAUGGAGAUAAAUCAGAAAGACGAGGAGAAGAGAAAGAAGUCACUAGCCCCCUAAAGCCAGUUAAGGAUGAUAUGAAUAGAGGGGUAAGGGGCAAGGAGUUGGUGUUUGAGGAAAACAAGCAGCCAAGGGAGAUUACAAAUUUAAACCUGAGACCUAGUCCUUGCAAAAAGACAGCACAUUCUACAGUUUCCGAGUUGGUGUCCCAGGAAAAGGAAAUGCCAAAAUCUAACUUAGCAGAAUUGAAGAUUGGCCAGGAAGAAAAGGAGAGGAGCCAGCAGAAGGAAGAUGAACAUAACGAAGAAAGCAAUAGGGGAAUCAGGCCAGGUAAAAUCCUGAAGCUUGGCACCUUCAAGCGACGUGAAAGAACGAAGGAGAAGCUACAAAAAAAUGAGCCCUUUGAGACUAUUCUGAAGAAGAGAAAUGCUGAUAUGAUGAAUGUAGACUUGGAAGCAGAGAUACUGAAGAGAGCUAGAAUGGAAGUUGAUGGCGAGUUAGCAACGCAAGAGGGAAAUGAGGGAAACACAAAAACAGAUGGAGAGAACGCUGGGCUGCAAGGACAGCCCGGUGAAUCAAAAUGAAAAUAAUAGCUUGGAACUGCCGGGGACUGGGGAAUGGCCCGGCAGUCCGGGGGCUUCUGGACCUCCAGAAGCAGGAGGACCCCGACAUCCUCUUCUUGUCUGAAACCAAAAUGGAUGAGAGGAGAAUGGAGAAAUUCAAGUGGAUGCUGGGAAUGAGCAAUAUGGUGGUAAGAGACUGCGAAGGAAAAAGUGGAGGACUAGCUUUGUUUUGGAAGAAAGAAAUAAGGUUGGAGUUGCACAACUACUCAAGAUAUCAUAUUGAUGCAGAAGUGAUAGAAAAAGAUGGUUUCAAAUGGCGCUUCACAGGUAUUUAUGGGGAACCAUCUACUGAUAGAAGGAAAGUAACUUGGAGGCUCCUGCGCAUUCUUAAGCAACAAUUGAACCUUCCAUGGUUAUGUGCAGGCGAUUUCAAUGAAAUAUUAUUUAACCAUGAGAAGAAGGGAGGGCCAGCUAGAGCACAAAGUCAAAUGGAGGGAUUCCGAAUGGCUCUUGAUGAUUGUGGCCUUAAGGAUUUAGGCUAUGUAGGAGAUAAGUACACCUGGCGCAAUCAGAGUUGGGAGGCUAGCUGAUACAUAAAGGAAAGGCUAGACAGAAUGGUAGGUUCGAGAAGUUGGUGUACAAGGUUCCCACACUUUAAAGUGGUGAACGGCGACCCGCGCCAUUCAGAUCACAGGCCUGUGAUUAUCCACAUAGAUGGAUCCGUUGGGGCCCAAAGGUUCAGGAAAAGAGCACAUAAUUUCAGAUUCGAAGCAAGAUGGCUACAAGAGGAAGAUUGUGAGGUCAUUGUAAAGAAUGCCUGGGCCACAGCAAGGAUGAGAGGGGACACUACUACUCAAGGUAUGCUAAGCAAGGUUGCAGGCGACUUAAAAAACUGGGAUGUCAACAUGUUGGGAGAUCUUCAGAAAAGAAUAAAAAAUUUAAAAAAAGACUUGGAAGAAGUGAGAAGGGGCGACAUCAGCCAAGACCAAGUUUCAAGAGAACAUUUUCUUCAAGAGAAACUGGACCGACUUGAACACCAGCAGGAUACUCACUGGAGACAACGAGCCCACGUAAAGUGGCUACAGUCUGGGGACAAAAAUACAUCAUUUUUCCAUGCCUUUGCCUUUGAAAGGAAAAGGAGAAACACAAUUAAAAAGUUACAGAGGGAUGAUGGAAGCUGGGCAGAAGGGGAAGAUGCACUAAAGGAACAUAUUGCAAACUACUUUUUGAACAUUUUCUCCACCACGGUGACAGGGAGCAACAUCGAGGAAGUUAUGCAUGUUGUACAACCGAGGGUGACUGAGAGCAUGAACAAUGUUUUGUGUGCUGAGUACACUGAAGAAGAGGUUAAAGCAGCACUAAAUGGUAUGGGUGACCUCAAAGCCCCGGGUCCCGAUGGAAUGCCUGCUAUUUUUUUCAAAAAGUUUUGGCAAAUUGUCGGAGAACAAGUGGUCAAGGAAGUGCUUCAUAUUCUGAGGGGAGGAAACAUGCCAGAGGGCUGGAAUGAUACACUUAUUGUGCUAAUCCCGAAAAAUAACAAUCCAGUGAAGAUUAAUGAUAUGAGACCAAUAAGCCUAUGUAAUGUGGUAUACAAGCUGGUCUCCAAGGUAAUAACGAAUAGGCUCAAAAUAAUUCUUCCUGAUAUAAUCUCGCCUAACCAGAGUGCCUUCGUGCCUGGUCGCCUCAUUUCUGAUAAUACUCUGCUGGCAUAUGAACUAACACACUUCUUGCAGAGGAAAAGAAAUGGCUCAGUAGGUUAUGCAGCAAUAAAACUAGACAUGAGCAAGGCAUACGACCGUGUCGAAUGGACCUUCUUAAAGGAGAUGAUGCAUAGACUGGGUUUCGAUGAAGGGUGGAUGAAUUUGAUAAUGAAGUGCAUCUCCACUGUCAAAUACAAGAUUAAAGUGAAUGGGGAUGUAACCGAAACAAUCACACCCCAAAGGGGACUUCGUCAAGGGGAUCCACUUUCCCCAUAUCUGUUUCUACUUUGUGCGGAAGGGUUCUCAGCCAUGCUGCACAAUGCUGAAAGGAGAGGGUUAAUUAGAGGAAUUAAAAUAUGCAGAGGAGCUCCUAGUGUUAGUCACCUACUUUUUGCAGAUGAUUCUCUGCUGCUAAUGGAGGCUAGUGCAAGCAGUGCUCAAGAAGUUGAACGCAUUUUGAACAUAUAUGGAAGCUGCUCAGGGCAAAUGAUAAACAAGGACAAGUCAUCCAUUUUAUUCAGUAAAAAUACGAGGCCUUGGCAAAAGGAAGAAAUGAAGAGGACAUUGAACAUUAUAACUGAGGGCCUUGCAUCAAAAUAUUUAGGUCUUCCAACAUAUGUUGGCAAAGCAAAAGCGAAGAUGUUUGAAUAUGUAAAGGAAAGAAUAUGGAAAAGGAUUCAAGGUUGGAAGGAGAAACUACUUUCGAAGGCAGGGAAAGAAAUUCUAAUAAAAGCCGUGGCACAAGCUAUUCCUGUCUACAGCAUGGCGUGCUUUGAUCUCACCAAGGGCCUAUGUGAAGAACUGAGCACCAUGAUUAAUAGGUAUUGGUGGAGCCAAAUGGAUAAGGAAAAUAAAGUGCAUUGGGUCAGCUGGGAGAGGCUUACUAGAUCAAAAAGAAAUGGAGGCUUGGGAUUUAGGGAUCUACAUGCGUUCAAUCUGGCAAUGCUGGCAAGACAAGCAUGGAGGCUGCUCCAAAACCCCUCCUCUCUUUGUGCCCAGGUUCUUUCAAGUAGAUACUACCCAGGAUGUUCAAUUCUGCGGGCGAGACCAAGUAGUGGCAUUUCUUAUGCAUGGCGCAGCAUACUAAAGGGUGUUGAGCUGCUGAGAAAAGGAAUCAUAUGGAGAGUUGGGAAUGGCAAGGAUAUUGACAUAUGGAGUGACCCAUGGAUUCCGAGAGGUAACACCAGAAGGGUCGUCUCCCAUAGGGGCAAUAAUUUGAUAACUAAAGUCAGUGAGCUAAUUAACCCAAUCACCAACAAAUGGGACGAAGAACUAGUGAGGCAAACUUUUACCCCGGAAGAUACAAAGUGUAUCCUUCAGAUCCCAAUCCAAGAUCAUCUCGAGGACUUCACGGCAUGGCACUAUGAUAAAAAGGUAUAUUUUCAGUAAAAUCUGCAUACAAAGUAGCAAUAGAUUGUGCAGCUCGAGAAUCUCUCUCAGGUCUAACAUCUACCUCAAGUGCAGCUGAAGAAGAUGGUGGAUUUGACUGGCUUAAACUAUGGACAAUGCCCCUCCCAAACAAAGUGCUCCAUUUUUUAUGGAGGCUAGCAACCAAUAGCUUACCAUUGCGAACAAAGCUACAAAACAGAGGUACAGGAGAAAGGGAAGGGGAUAGCCCAACAGCCAAAGCAAAAGUGGACAAGACCAGCUUCAGGAAUAUUGAAGAUCAACACUGAUGCAGCUUUUCACAGGAUUUCCAAUGAUGGAGGUUGGGGAUUUAUCAUUAGAAAUGAUCAAGGUAUAGCUGUAGCUGCAGGUGCUGGCAAACUGGAACAUAUGGCUGAUGCUUUCCAAUCUGAAGCAGUGGCUAUGUUGUAUGCAAUAAACAUUGCUAGCCAAAUGGGCUGUGAUAGAGUGAUGUUUGAAACAGAUUCUACACAGUUAAGAAGGGCUGUGUCUACUGAGGAAUAUGACCUGUCUGCACUAGGGGCCAUUUUCAGAGAGAUUAAAUUUCAGUUACAUGUAGGUUUUUCAGAUGUAUGUGUUGUAAACUGUUCACGAACAUGUAACCGAAUGGCGCAUAGGCUAGCAGCGUUUGGAGCAACAUUAAACUCUGGUGCAUGUAUUACUUGGCUGGGACAAUUCCCAGAGUUUGUUCAGAACCUUGUAGCUGGGGACUUGCCCAGCAAUGAUAUGUAGGAGGAAUGCAAUCUGUGUUCCGUUUCAAAAAAAAAAAAAAAAAACUCCCCAAGCCCCGUCGCCCACAACCCCUCCGGAGAGCCGGUGACCGCGGGGCGGACCCGACAACCGCGGCGCCCCACCCCACCACCACCACCACCCACCCCUGCCCCUCCUCCGCCCCACAUGCCUCCCCUGACCCGCCUUCCUAUCCCGCCCACCGCCGCCGCACAGGGCCAUGGCCCUCGCCCAGCCAACUACCUCCGGCGGCCAUGCCCUGCCCGGCAACCACCGGAUCCGGUGGGAUCCCGCUCCACCUCCCCUCAUCUAUCGCCUUUCACCAUGCCGUCGCGCCGGACGGAUGGAAGGUAUCCGAUGGAGCGCCAUCUUCCUCCAGCGCCAGCUCCCUCCCAUGGCCGGCCCGAUAUGGGCUGGAUCUCUUCUCCUAGGACGGCGACGAUGUGCCAGGAGAUACACGGUGGCUACGGUAGCAGGGAUCGUGCGUCCAGUCUGGCGCCCGUGGAUGUGCAGCUCGGCUGUGUGAGAUGCGGUUGUGGGUGUUAAUGUCAAGCAGUUCAUGGGCACGCCGGUGAUGACAACAGCAACGGCUCCGCUUCCAGCGAGCUCAACCGGUCGUCCGCCGGCGGGAUCCUCAGUUCGGCGGUGCGUAGAUGUACAGUGCGGUGGAGCUGACAAAAACGACGAGGAGUACGAUGGUGUGUGACUUGUGGUUCGCGGGUACUGGUGACCCCCAUCUUGCCAAGAUCCAUCCGCCGCCCCUUCCCUUCCCUCCCUCCUAGGUGUGCAGAACGGUUUCCGUUCAGUGCACUGUGAAUUCAGUGCAGUAAAAUUUCUAAUGCAGCUCGUUAAUUCCUCUUUGCAGUUUGUUUGGUGCCCCCGGCAUGAGGUUCAGCCAACUUAUCUUCUUGUAGUUCGAAAACUGGUCUACAAACGAAAAGGCAUGCAUGAUUUGUGGACGACUAAGGAUUUUACCUGUGUGCAGCUCUAUUUGCAGUACUUGCGCCUCGACUGUGGAGUUCGCCUGGCAUUUUCGUUCAGUCCACUGUGUAAAAAAUGAACUAGAUGUCUCCGCGGCCUGCAGUGAGACAAUCCACUUUUGUUGUUGAUUUUGAUGAA